CAGACUCUAACAUGGUGCAGUUUACUUUAGAUAGUCAUCCAUUCAUAUACUUUAGUUUAGAUCUACGUUACUACGUAUCUUCCACUGCAAGCUAGCUAGCCUAUAAAUAGUAUCAGGAGGCGCACCAUAUCAUAUAGCAACUCACCUUCUCUUGCUCCGCAUAUUCACCUCUCUAGCUACAAAGCUGGCUCUGCAACAAUGGCUGCAGGUGGUGCUUCUCUUCUUGCUGCUGUCGUUGUUUUCUCCAUGCUGAUCACGUCUUCCCUGGGGGCCCCGAGGCCUUUAUGCAGCGAGUGCGAGACACAAUGCCCUACCAGCUGUCAGGCGGAGGCUGAAACCUUCUGCAGUGGCUACUGCCGCCGCGGCGGAGGCCUUCGGGAGGGCUGCCGGAGAUCCGUCUUUGAGGACUGCACCGUAAAGGGUACCUGCUGCAGUAGCAACGGCACAUGCACUUGCGACUGCAACACUGUGGCUGAAAGGAGUUGCAUCAGCAUCAGCGACGGCACCCUACAAUGUGAACCUUGCAAGCGCAGCAUAUCCGACCAGUGCGGUUCCACCUGUAGGAAUGACUGCAACAACAACUGCAAGAAGAAAGGGUGCCGCCAUGCCUAGGAAUAACAUGUAGUCGACCCGCUGCCUUGCAUAAGAAAUAACAUGGCUCACCGUAGUCGUGCGUAGACUUUUGUAGCAGCCAUGACCUCGUUCUGUGGGAUGGCAUAGAAUGAAUUAAUGGGUUGUGGCGCAUCACAUCCAGCGUUUUAGCUGGGGAUUUGCAUUCUGUUUAUCUAUACUGAAUGAUAAUAUGAAAAAGGAAAGAAAUUUCACAAAGUUGACACGGUGUGAAAUUACCGUCCUUCCAUAGAGCUUGCGUACGUGUGUUGAUUGGCUUCUAUACAUCAGCUUGUCCAUCCAAGUAUGCAUUUGUGUGUCGUUGUAGUAUCCAAUAAUACUUGAAGGUGAUGCAUGCCUUCGCCGUGCCAUUUACUUUCUUUCGUUGUGGAGGAAA